AUGAGUCCAGUCGUUGUCCGGUAGUCAGUUCGCGAACAGCUUCGGUGCACGCCAGGCACCGCAGGGUUCGAGGUUCGUGCCCCCAGGCCCCAGGACGCCGGUCACCAUGGCGACGGUGCGAGUCGGAGGCUGCUUGGCGGUCAUGCUGCUGGCCGUGAGCUUGGCCCAGGGCCAGGGCCGCCAGGGCCAGGUACGCCAGGGCCAGAUCCGCCCGGGACAAUUCCGGCAGAACCAGGCGCAGGCCCCGGAACAGCAACCGGAGGGCCGGUCGCUGGUGGACUGGUACUUCUUUGACGUUAGCAACCUCGACGUGCCCGAGGGACGGUUGGUAUCCGUGCCGCCCGUCGCGCACCACCGCAGCUUCUCGCAUGGCGCGAAGACGGCCUCCAUCGACAGAUCAGACAGGCUGGGCCGGUGCUUCCACCGCGGCACCUCCAGCGAGGGCGUGUGCGCCAACAUGGUGGACUGCGCGUACGCGGCCCGCCAGAUGCAGCACUGGGGGCACGCGGAGAUGUGCGCGGACGGCGCGCUGGUGUGCUGCCCCGGCCUGGCGGCGGACGCCCAGUACACGCAGCACGCCCAGGACGACUUCCCGUCGCCGUCCUGGGACCCCUACACGUUCCAGUACUUCCCGGCGCCUUCCUGCGGCCACCCACACCACCAGCACGACCACCAUGGUGGCCAGCAGCAACAGAACUUCCACCCGGCGCCGCCCAUGCCCCAGGUACCUGUAAGCGCUCCGCCGCAGGACUUCCAGUACUUCGACAACCUGUAUCAGCAAGCUGCGCCGCAGCCCACGCCCGCCCCCGCCCUGCCGCCCGUGGUCCACGCCCCCCACGUCCAGCCCAUGGCUCAGCCCCCCAUGAAGCCCAUGGCUCGACCCCCCGCGAAGCCCAUGGCUCAGCCCCCCACGAAGCCCAUGUCUCGACCCCCCAUGAAGCCGAUGGCUCAGCCCCCCAUGAAGGCCCCCACGCCGGAGCCGCUAGUGCCGCUCAUCGACGCUGCCACCCCGGCCGGCAAGCAGCCGGGCGACGUCGCCAGAAAGAAGUGCGUCGAGUACGAGAAGUACGCCCCCACGGUGCGCUUCGGCCCGGACAAGGACUGCAUCCCCAACCACACCUACCCCAUCGGCGGCAACCCCGCGCUGCCCAGGGAGUUCCCCCACUUCGCGCAACUGGGCUCCGGGGACCGUGGUGAUAUCCAGUGGUUCUGCGGCGGCGCCCUCAUCGCCCCCAGCUGGAUCGUGACCGCGGCGCACUGCCUGUACAGCGGCAGCAGGAAGGUCCAGUGGGUGCGCCUGGGUGACCUUGAGCCGGAGUCCGACGAGGACGACUCGAACCCGCAGAUCAUCGCGGUGGCGCAAGCGGUGCGGCACCCCGACUACAAGGUCCCCGAGGUGUACAACGACAUUGCCCUGCUGCGCCUGGCGCGCGAGCCCGACAUGAGCACGCCGCACGUGCGGCCCGCCUGCCUGCAGGUCGACACCAAGCUCAAGAAGGACAAGCUCAACCUCAUCGGCUUCGGCCUCACGGAAGAGAACGGCGACCCCGCCAAGGCCCUCAUGGAGGUGGCGCUGUGGCGCACGCCCGGCGACAAGUGCAAGGACUUCUUCGAGGGCCCCAUCAACCUGCGCCAGCUUCCGGACGGCCUGCGCGACGAGAGCCAGCUGUGCGCCGGCCUGGACCAGGUCGGCAAGGACGCGUGCCAGGGUGACUCCGGCGGCCCGCUCAACACGCCCUACAGCCCCACGUGCAUGCACGCCAUCCCGGGCAUCACGUCGUUCGGCCAGGGCUGCGGCCGCGGCGCGCCGGGCGUGUACACCAGGGUGUCGCACUACGUGCCCUGGAUAGAGCGCAUCGUGUGGCCCGAGGAGUUCGAGUAGGCCGAAGCCCUGCCGCCAGACCGACGCCGCGGCACUGUGAGCGUACCGCGUCCCGCAGGCGUCCGCCACCAACCGAACUCAUUUGCAGCCCAACCAGCCCUAGACUGAAACCAAGUUCCUAUUAGAAACUGCCCCACCCCAUUGCGUUGGUGGCGCAUGCCCCCGGACGUGCGUGCGCUUGCCUGGAGUGCCUGGAGUCGCAGCGAGGCGAGGGACCCUCCAGCGACCCCCGCCUGCGGUGAAAACGUUUGACGAGCAGCCAACUAAUGCUGUGUAUGAUUACUGCAAUUAUUUGUAUCCUCUUUCGAAGCCAUCCUCUGAGUCUGAGCAAUUGCAAGUCGUCAAAUAAAGAGAGAAUCCUCCCACA